UGAGCCCCACGCCCUCGCCCGGCUUCACGCCCCGCGCCAGCUCCUCCUCGAGCGUCUCCUCGCAGAGAAGUUUUCCUAAAAUAUUUCAGACAUUUAAGAAAGACGUGUCUAAAAGGAGUUUAGAUGGGUAAGAAAAUGUUUUCCGUUUUCUUUUUUUUUUUUUGAAGCUGAUGAUGUUUACAUUUUGUAUAAAUGUCAGGAAGUAGACUAAAAUCAUCCAGGGCAUUUGCAACUAAUUCAUUCAAACAUUCAAAAAGGUUUUUUUUUUUUAAAAAAAAGUCUACACUGUUAGACACUGGAGGAGAGAGAGACCAGGGCCCCUGCCGGUCUCCAGCCUAUUACCCACUUUUGAGACAACCUGUCACUGGUUACCAUAACAUGAGAUACACCUGUGCGCCGUGUGCACAAUGGUAAGUGCUGUGAACUUUUAAAGUCUUAAGCAUAAGGAGAAUUGUUCUGUCCCAUUACAUGUUUUUAUUUAUCCUUUUAGUUUAAUGUUUUAGUAAAAGAUAAUAUAUGCACAUGAUUAAAACAUUAAAAAUAUACAAAGGUAUAAAAUUAAAAAUCGCCACGCCCUCCUCCACCCCUGCUCCACUCCCCAGAGUUCACACACUCUUAACAGUUUUGUUUCCAGGAUAAUUUUAAAUCGCAUAUUUUCAUUCCUUGAUUUAUCAAUUUUUGAUACAACUACUGACUUCCUCCCGCGAAAGAUGAGGAAUGUAGCUCAUGCUACAGCCCCACCCUCUCCAUUUUUGGUCAUUGUAUUACUUUUAGUUUAGGACCUUUAUUUUAACCUCUAGGAUUUUAAAGUAUUUAAACCUCUACUUCUUGAUUUAUCAAUUUUAGUGACUAUCUAUUAACUCUAUUAUGAAAAGUUAACACAUUAAUGCAUUUCUACUUCCUUCUAGCUCUCCUCACUCUUCCUCUCCCAAUUAACAAUGAAUUAUAUAUAUUAUAUAACAAACUAUAUUGAAAUAUGUGGUAUAUAUUCAUAUAAAGUCAUAUUACUUUGCCAAGUUUUCUUAUGUUUGUAUUUUGUUUCAUAAUUAUAAUGAACUCAGUGCUUUGGGUACAGAUUGAUUCUAAAAAUUGAAAACCAAUAAACAACAUUUGUAAUUUCAUGCUAAAGAACCCAAAAGUGUGACUGAAUUCAUGCACAAGAAAAGGAAAUCCUAUGUCUGCAAAACUUGGCUCCCGAAGGAAGAACUGUUCAACUCUCCUGCUGUUUUCAGUUGUCUUCGAUCUUUCUGAGUUGGGCCCAAUGACCACACUUUCUUGAUUCCCAUAUUGCUUUCUUUCUUUAAUUCCUUUUUUUUUUUUCUGGAGAAACUCUGCAGAAAUUAUUUCAUGUAGAUCUAAUGGGUAGUCAAAUUUCUGAGUUCUUGCUAUCUGGAAAUUUCUUCAUUUUGCCUCCAUACUUUGUUAAUAAUACAACAUGGCAUAAAAACAUAGGUUUACCACCAUUUUCCCCCAGGGCCAUUGCUCCAUUGUCUUCUAGAAUCCAGUACUGCUUAGGCUGAUUCCCAAACACUUCUGAGAUUUGAUUAUUUCCUCCCCUCAGUGUCUGUAGUUUCUUCUGAGCCUCCUGCUGCAUGGCCGUUGGACCUCUUGGAUAUGGUCAAGAUUUUUGGUGUUCACAUGCGACCGUGCAGCCCUUGCACAGCACUUUUUAUUUCAGGAUUCAUAUUUGUAAUUUCCAAGAAGGUUCUUGUUCACUGAUUGUUGCUGUUCAAAUAGUUGGGUUUUGUCUUUGAAAUCUCUUUAAGGGUACUCAUAAUAUACUACAGUUCUCCUCUGUUCUGUGUAUUUCUUCCUUUUUCUCUCGGGAUCUGGUGUUCCGUUUGUUUAUCUUGGUCCUUUCCUUCCACGCUCCUGGUUCUCCUCCAGCGACUGGUAAUCCUUGGUUAUCCAUUUGUAUUUAUAAAUGAAUGAAUGGUAGCUAGAACGGAGGCCUUCCACAGCUGAGAGGUUCCCCUUCCCGAAGGGCUGCCUGGAGGGUUGACUGAGGGGGUGGGGCCCAUGUCAGAGCCAGCUUCCUGGGGGCUGUCGGCGGGAGCAGGCAAGCUGGGCGACCCACAUAACUAGAGUUAGGAUAAGGACACUUCACUGGGGGUUGGAGUUCUCUAGGCAUUUCUUUCCCAGGUGGAAUGUCACUUCCCCCUUUCUUAUCCAAGCCUGCUGGGCAGGGCCCGAGAAACUUCAGACUGCGCUCUGCUUCCCUGAGAGGCCUCAAACCUCCCCGGAAGGCUGCCCACCCUUUUUAGAAAGCGGUUCUUUGGGCUUCCUCUACAAAUACAGACAACUGCUGCCAAGUGCCCUGGAGCAGGGGACAAGAAGGGGCUGCCGGCCACCUGUUCCAGCCUCACCCCGUGAACUCCUCUGGUGACAGUCCUGGACCCCUCCUCUCUGCAUCCAGCUGAGUCUGAGCUAGCAGCUUCUCCUGAGUUCCCUUCAAGAACUUACUCUCCUCUCUCAUCUUGAGCUACGAUGUUCUCCCUUCUGUUUUCUAUCAGCCUAAGGCCAUUUAUUUUCUUCCUUUUAAGGUCGUCUUCAAUAUUACUUGUCUACUGAUGACGCCUGUCUUGUCUUCUAGGGCUAUUUUUCCUGGUUGGUUCGUUUUUAAGUGUUCGUUAUUUCAGCAAGACAUGGAAAAGAAGGGAAGGAGGGUUGUGAGCUCGGCUGCCAUCUUGACCUGGACUUCCUAUUAUCUGGGAACCUCUCUUUUCUAGAUCAGGUUCUUAAUUUCUCCUCAUAAAUCUUCCUAAGAAGAUGCCUCUUUUAUAUUUCGAAGCGUUCUCUGGUGAAUUUGGUGAGAGAGUGUUUUUAAGAAGAUCUAUCCUAAAAAGUCAUAAAAAUGCAACCGAUAUUGAUUCAACUUCUAUUUUUAAUUGCCCUGUUACUAUUCUAGUUGCAAAUGGGGCAAACUGGAGGAGGCAGAUGCCUGUGGAGAAGCACAGGUUUUGGAGCUGAGCAGGUCCGGGUUCCGUCUGCGUGGGCCGCGCGUGACUCGAGCUUCCCUGGACCCUCAGUUUCCUGGCCUGUAGAAAGGGAAUACUGUCACCUGCCUUGAGGGGCUUUUGUAAAGAUAAAGGAAAUGAUGGGAGUAAAGCAACUACUGUGUACCUACUACCACACAGUCAGUUCUCAGUAAACAUUCCCUUUGUUAUUGUCCUUGGUCGUCUGCCAUCUUUACACAGAAUUUUGGAAACCAUCUUUAGAGCUGGUUUAAGGAAAGCAGAGAGACCUAGAUGAAUAGCAUACUGACCGUGUUAACUGUUGAAUUGGAAACAGCAAGCAUUAAGUGUUGUCUGGGAACUGCUCUGUCAUGUUCCCUUCCUCCUGGUCCCUGUCACACGUCUCUCUGGGAGCCUGGAUAGACAGCGCUCCCUCAGAGACUUCACAGGUGGCUUCGGCAGAUAGUUCUUCGCGUGUUACAGGACACGGUCGUUCCAGAAUUAGAACACCCCACUGCCGCAGUGUGCCAGGGAACGAAGCAUCCAAAAGGGGAGGUGGAGACAGCAGAGAACUGAGAAGCGUGAAAAAGUGACAAUCCUGAAAUUGACUACAUUAUUUGGAAAACUUUUGUUUGAUGAUUUUAGAAGAUCCAGCAAAUUAUUACCAAAAUAUUGAAAUUCAAAGCGGUAAAGGAACUUGAAAAGCACUAGUUAUUGCUCACUUGUUGCCCGUGACAGUCAUCUUCACUGGUAGAAGUCAGUAAGUUCCUGCCUUCCCAUCGUGUUGAUGAUAACUCAACUCGUUAAACCACUUGUAGAAAGAAUCCCGACUGUUUAGCUACAGUGCAUUCAACUUCAGCCCUGGAGAAAGAGUUUGGAUUGUGUUUAACCUAUUUAAAAUGAACAAUAUGUUCUCGUUUAGAUUCAAGUAAAUGUUUAAACACACACACCAUCACUGCCACCACCACCAUCACACAUGCGCAGACAGAGUGGUAGUAAUUUACUCCCUGAGGGAAAUAAUACAGGAUUGGGAGCCCCUGGGAUUCAGAAAGGAGUAUUUUCCAGAGAACAGAUAUGAUGUAAACACACUGGGCCUGAAUAUACUGAGGAGAUAUGAACGGAAGAAAAUAUUUCAAAGAAACAGAAAUCCGGAUCUGGAGUAUCUUUCCCAGUUUUUAUUCAAGAAUUCCGAUAUCAGUACAAACAGAAGAAAGCUGGCUUCGAGAAUUGUCUAGCAAAAGGCAGCAGAGGAAGAAACUGCCCUCUGUGAUGAGGGAGCCUGAACCUGAAAACCCACCUGCUCAGAUAAGAGGAAAAUGGGUAAUUAAUCCAGAAGAGCCAAAUCUAAAUAUUUUAUGUGAGCUGGAGUUUGAGGAAGACUUUAUAAGACUGUUCGAGCCUUCUCUGAGAACACUGCCCAGCAUCGGGCCUCCGUCCAUUCUGGCAUUCAAACGGGAGACUUCCAAUUUAGACAUUAAGUUCAAGGAAGAAGACGAAGAGCUGUCGCCCAAGUGUGAAUUCUGUGGGAGCGAUCUAAGAACCUUUCUUUCCAAUGUGGACGUCUCCGCCGACAACAGUGGCUCUGAGUGGACAGAACAUGCCUCCUGUUGCGAUUACUUCCAAAACCUGCUGGACUACAUCUAUGAGGAAAAACAAAACAUCCCAAGCUCUGAAGCCGAGUUGAUCUGCAUCAACCCUCAUGCAGCCCAUGGCAGUGAGACGGACAGGCUCAAAGCAAAGGAGAAAGCCCUGCGGAGAAAACAGGAGCGACAAAUGGCCAAACAUCUUUCAAUAAUAGCAACUCAACAGCCGAAUGUCCCUGAAGACGAUCCAAAGCACUUAAAAACAAUUUCUUAUCAACUUUCCGCGGAUAUUCCAGAAAAAAAGCCAAGUGAUGACAGACUAUUUGAUUUCCAACUAGACCAAAAAGACGUAUCCAUUGUUUGUUGUGAUUCCAGGAUAGCGUGUGGAAAGAUCGUGAGGAAUGAGCUUUUAGAGAAGAAUUACAAACAUGGGAGCAAGUUUCUGACUUCGUUUCCAGAUGGGACAACGCAGAUAUUCUAUCCAUCUGGAAACCUGGCCAUCAUUCGAGUGCCCAACAAGACAAAUGGUUUCACUUGUAUAGUCCAAGAAGACAUGCCCACUAACCCCGCGAUCCUGGCAGUGCUGGAUUCUUCUGGCAGAAGUUCCUGCUAUCAUCCCAAUGGAAAUGUCUGGGUGUACAUCAAUAUCUUGGGAGGUCAAUAUUCGGAUCAAGCUGGCAACAGAGUGAGGGCUUGGAACUGGUCCAGUGCUGUCGCUUCCUCCCACUUCGUCUCAUUUAAACCCGUCUUUCUGGCUCUGAACCACUAUGUCGGCGUUCGCAUCUUAGAACAAGACAAGGUUUCCAUCACUUUUCUAGCGAUGGGCCAACAGGCAAGAAUCAGCGUCGGCACCAAAGUGAAGCUCCAGAACCCGGAGGAGAUCCCGGUGCUCCGGUACCUGAACCAGGACGACCUGCUCCUGCUGGCCAGUCUCAUCAAGAUCCGGCGCCUGUUCCACAAGCUGGAGGGCUGCGCGCUCUUCCCCUCCAGCCAGGCGUGGGACAGGCUGCAGCAGCCUGCCUACCUCUCUUGCCUUGCUGUGAGACUCCUCGCCCUCUGCCACAACUCCGGCAUGAGGCAGGACACCAUAACCACCAUAGCAGCUAUAAUAAACGAGAAGAUUUAGCCAAG